AUGGACGAUUCCUUAAAAUGUAAUAUCAUCUCGUGUCGAAAAUCGGUCACUAGAGAUGGAAAGGCUGUCAUCACGAAUUGCUCUCAUGUUUUUUGCCUGAGCUGUGCGAACACCCAUCAAUCUUUGACUCAUCCCGACCCUUACCCGGUAUGUCCAGCAUGCGGGACUUCACUCUCAGAGCCUGAGGACGUUGUUUGUACAUCACUAAACCCAUCUGCUGAUUACAAGGCUAGCGUUCUUGCGGGACUUGCUCCAUCGAUCAUUUUGGAAAUUGCUAGCAGAGCUUUGAAUUUCUGGACUUACCAGCAGUCUAUGGAAGCCGCAUUUCAGCAUAUGGUUCUCAAGCAGGCGCAUGAACGGGCCGCGAUCGCUGAAAAAGAUCAGGAAAACAUGCGACAUCAGGCUGAGAACGAAAUCAAACUACUAUCGGAACGCCUGACGAUUUCGGAGAAUGAAUUGAAUAUCGAACGGAGAAAGGUCAACGAAGCUGCCGAGCGGCAUCGAAGUGCACAAAAUAAUUACGAAAAACUUAAAGCCAAUUUCGAAAAAGUCAGGAUCAACAGUUUAGUGAACAGUAUAUCUGAUCCUAGGUCCGAUACUCCUUUGGGUCAAGCUCCACAGCAUACUCUUAGAACACCUCAGAUCACUCCGGUGCGCGGUGAUCCAAUAAUUAGGUCAGAUCUCGCUACCAGAUCGUUUGGCACACCACGACAUGCAUACAGCGGUGCGCGGAUACCCGACCAGCUCAGAUCAAUCAGCGAACGGCAGAAUCUAAACAACGCUCGGAGUAACGUCCUUCAGGUAUCCGAGGCUGGAGGACACGCCCUUCGCAGCGUGCGACACAGAUUCCCCCCCGGUACAGGACUUGCGCCGACAUUUCAAGCCAGGAGCAAGAAAAGAAGCAAUGGUGAUGUUGAGAACGAUUAUCAGACUGGUGGAAUGGCUCAAAAUAUCGGACCCUCUGGUGGUCAAGCCAGAUCAGUUUUAAGGCGGCCAAAGUUUCACUCUCGGCUUGAUCACACUCUCUCAGGCCGCUCGCGUCCGCCAGGCGACAUACUUCGUGAACAGGAAGGAAGGCCAGCUGUAUCAGACUGGUAA